AUGAACGAAGCUCCCAAUGUCGGUGCCGUGUCUUUGAUUGAGACUGGCAUCGAAGCCUUGAUUGAUUACACAAUCUGGUUUCCCAAGGUUAAACCUGGGAAGCAAGGGAGUGGACAGUCUUUCGAAUCCCCUAAGCCAACCAACAACCUCAAAGUGACGAUUACUGGAGACACCGCACUGUCAUUCAAAGCAGCCAAGCUUCAUAUCCUUUCUGAAAUCAAUAAACAUGAAUUGCUGGCGGUCACUCUUCUACGUGCCGCUGACAAAGGGGAAGGCGAAUUGGGAAAUUUGAAGUGGCAUGUUUACAUUUCGACUAGCAAACUUUACCCAAAAACUGGAGGUCAAAUCGUUUUCAUUACUAGUGAUGAGGCUUGGAAGGAAUGGCUGGAUGUAUGUAAGGUAUCUAAAGACAAGGUCUGUGGUAUCAAUCUUGUGAUGCAAAAUCCUGCUGUGGAGCAAAAAAAGAAAAGGAAGUCUCUCUUACUGCAGGCUGCGAAGAUCACCCGUCGAAACAAUCGUGUAGCUGCAAAGCAGCCAAAAAAAACACCUGGUAACAACAAUCUGACACCAGAAGAAAUGGCGCUCGAUGAUGAGGGACAGGUGGAGUUGACCAGCGACGAGAUUUCUAAUUCCAGUGGAAGUACUGGAGGUGAUACCGACACUGACGCAGUCAAGAUAGUCGCUGAUCUAAUCUACAAGCGCCACCCCAUCAAAUCACAUUACAGCACGUCAGUUCCAGUUUUUGUGGACCCAACAAACACAGAUCGAUUCUUUUACAUCACAACCGGGAUGUCUAGACUCUGGGCCACAGAGAAGCUUGCAUGCGAUGCCACUGGAUCAAAGGUGGUCACUAUCGAUAUACCACCCAAGGCAUCUGGCAUUCAAUGGCUGAGCCGUUCUGAUCAACAAAUGAAUCGUAAUAAGCCUGGUCCUGGUAGCAACUCAAGCCUCCGCGACAUGGCCUUGAUGAUCAAAGAAGUAUUUGGUCCAAUUGGACAACCAACCUCGGAUCCACUUAGCUCAAUUAGUGGGCCUACUUUGAAGGCUCCGAUGUCCGACUAUCUAAGUUUUUGUAAUAUCCCAGAUCUUGAUGGAUCAAUCAAGGAACGUCUGGCUGGUGCCGGGAUAGAUGAAUAUAGUCUAUUUGAUCAAGAAUUUCUGCCUCAUCAAGAUUUGACACAGCUUAAUCUGAGUACAGGUACUAUAGCACGUUUGUACAUGAAUGUCAAGGCUUUCUCCAAAAAAUUAAACGAUGAGCAGGUAAAAUAA